AUGCCUUCACAAAGGUUUUACCUCCUCGGCAAUCCAGUCACGUCCGCAGUAGAAGUCGAGAUCGAGUCGAGCACUGACCUCGAAGGACUCAAACACUUGAUUGCUGCGCACUUCGCUAUUGUCGAGCCAAAUGUUCAAGAUAUCAUUUCUGCUCAGGGAUUAGUGGCUAUCACCAUUGAUGGCCGCGCUGUCCGCGAUCCCGACGGCCCCAAAGGUUUGCCUAUCGUAGGCAACUUCUUCGAGAUCUACCCUGAUCACCUUGGCAAUCACCAACGUCUUUUUGAGCGAUUCGGUCCGGUUAUACAGACAAAUAGCUUGGGUCGCGUGACCUACCACACCAAUAACCCGGACAUCGCAGCCAUUGCCUUCGCCGAAUCCGAUUUUUUCACUAAAGAGAUCAACAAAGCCCACCCUCUUUAUGCCCUGAAGAACUCAUCUGCAGGCAUCUUCCUAGGUGAUACCGAUUCUCCUGAAUGGAGAGUGGCUCACAAAUUCCUACCUCCCGCGUUAGGUCCUAAGGCAGUUCGCCACUACGCACCUACUAUGCAAAAGACCGUCGAAGAUGCCUGCAAAGUCUUUGAUAAGCUGGAUGAGCAGGGCGAAGCCUGGAAUGUCUACCAAUAUAUGCUGAAACUCGGCUCUCAGGCCGUCGGCAAGCUCACCCUUGGCUUGGACUUCGAGCACUUUACUUCGCCUGACGCACCUGUUCACGAUAUGGUGCAUCUAAUUGCCGAGAUGCUCUCUUUAAAUAAGAAGGUCACUUCUAAGGGUGAUUGGUACAGCAGUCUGCCCUUUGGUGAUCCUAAGCGCCUGAAGGAUAUUAAGAGCCGCAUUGAGGGUAUGGUCGAGGAGUCUAUCCAGAAUGCUGCUAGAGGUGGUGAAGAUGAUCUUCCUCUACAAGAUGCCGCCUUACAAGCAUCAAACAUGGUUGACUAUGCCAUUCGUGCCACUGAUAACAAGGGCGAGAAACUGCCAAAGGAAAGUCUCGUCUGGGCCCUUGUCGUUGCCACUGCCGCGGGCUUUACCACAACGAGCUCCCUGCUUUCGUGGCUCAUCUAUGGCUUGGUUACGUAUCCGGGCAUGCAGGAGAGACUUCUCCAGGAGCUGAUUGACAAUGAUUUCAACGACGAGACCGAGCUCACAGCCGAUUUCACUGAACGUCUGCUUUUCCAAGACAAGUAUAUUAAGGAGAUGCAACGCAGACACAACCCAUCUUUCCAACCUGGCCGUACCGCAAAGACCGACCUUGUCCUUCCUGGGGGUUACAAACUUCCUAAGGAUGCAGUUAUCAUCCCUGCUAUUCACCACAUUCACAACAAUCCUGAUAUCUGGGACAACCCCUACAAGUUCAACCCCGACCGCUGGGACACCCCGGAAGUGAAGAAUAGGCACAAGGCCUCCUACGUACCAUUCGGUGCCGGUGCACGCAUGUGCAUCGGCUUCAACUUUGCACUUCAGGAGAUCAAGGUCUUCCUCCCAAAGCUGAUCUACAACUACAAAUUUGUUCGCGAGGGUGACGGACCUAUUGAAUACGAUCCGAUGUUCCAGCUCAUCCGCCCGAACAAUUUGUAUGUCCGUGCUCAGAAACGUGUCAAAUGGCCCCCUAAGUCUGAAGCUGUUGUUUGA